UUUUCGACGGAGUUGGACGAACGCGCGGCCCUUAUUGCGUGUCAAAGCAAUCCUAAACGCUUUUCUCUUUCUUUACUUCUUUAUAAUAUGACUUCUAUUGGUACAGGCUACGAUUUAUCUGUUGCAACCUAUUCCCCUGAUGGACGCGUAUUUCAAGUGGAAUAUGCAAACAAAGCUGUUGACAAUAGUGGUACUGCCAUUGGUCUUCGUGUGAAGGACGGUAUUGUCUUGGCUGUUGAAAAACUAAUUCAAUCUAAAUUAUUGGUGUCUGGUGCUAAUCGUCGUAUUCAAAGUGCUGAUCUUCACAUUGGUGUCGCUACUGCUGGUUUAUUAGCUGAUGGUAGACAUAUCGUCAACAGAGCUCGUGAUGAAGCUCAAGCUUGGAAAGAUAUUUACAGACAACCUAUUCCUGGCAAGACCAUGGCUGAUCGUAUUGGUCAAUACGUGUCUGCUUACACUUUAUAUUCGAGCGUUCGUCCUUUUGGUACAAGUACUAUUAUUGGUACUAUGACUGAAAAAGAAGAAGCCACUUUAUAUAUGAUUGAACCUUCUGGUGUCUAUUGGGGAUACAGAGGUUGUGCUAUUGGUAAAGGCAAAUCAGUUGCCAAAACAGAGAUUGAGAAACUUGAUCUAGAGAACAUGACUGUACGUGAAGCAGUUAACCAUAUCACUCGCAUUAUUUAUACAUGCCAUGAUGAUGCCAAAGACAAAGAUUUUGAAUUAGAAUUGAGUUGGAUUUGUGCAGAAUCACAUUAUAAGCAUCAAUUUGUACCCAAGGAUAUCCAAGCCGAAGCAGAAGCAUUAGCAAAAGAAUCUUCAGACGAUGAAAUGGAAGACUAAUAAAAAACA